UCCCUUCGUUAUUCUCUACUAAAAAUAUCCCCUCUUCCCUCUCUCUCUUUCUCUCUCUGCCUGUUACAUACAGAGAACGCCUUGUCUUUAGGGAGCAUAGCAGCAAAAAGGGAGUUGCCGAAGUGUAAUAUCAAAACGAGGGUGUCUUCCACAACACGUACUAGAGUUUUCACAACCGAGACCAGAUCGCUUUCACUGGAAGGAGACGCGAUCGAUUGAGUUGCCUCAUUCGACCGAUCCAACUGCACGUUUUUAAAGAAAGGGUCGAUCUUUAAUCCAGUUAAAUGGCACAGCGAAUGUCUCAUGAAGCUGGUGGACAAGAUGGCCAAUCAGUCCUUGGGAUGUUGGCUGUGCAGGUGGAGAGAGACCCAAAGACGGGUGCCACCGUCAUCAAAUCAGUGGCCCCCAUCUCCUCACCUCCUGGUGCUGCAACAUCUACAACCAUCUUUGACGAUGGGAGGAAGAGCAUCCACACUGUUGGCGGUUUGGUAGGCGAACCUUCGACCGAAGAGCUUGGCGAGAUGUUGACCGUCAUUAAUGACGUUGGGAUGACGGUGCUGCUGGAUGAUGUAGCAGUAACGCCAAACAAGAUAGAGAUUACCACUGGGAAUGUAGAAAGAAACAAAAGUCAAGAUCACGUCCUGAGUUUCACCCCUAAUGGCACAUCAAAGGAGGACUAUACACAGUUGGACAGCUCUGGCUAUAAAUGGGAAGCUGAGAGGAUAAAAGAGUGUGCAAGUGUUAGAAUCCCAGAUAAAGAAACCAAGAUCGUCACCAAAGACACUACAGAAAUUCUGGAGAACAUAGAGGGUCAAAGCCUGGAGGAAGAUCCAGUCACCCUUGUGUUCCUGGGUUACACUGACGCAACGCAUGAGGAGGAUCACAAUGAAGAGGACUACGAAGGCAUGCUCACUGCAGAGCGGGUCAUUAUUACUGAGGACGGUGAAGAACACGUAGUGGAGCCAGAAACCACUGCUUCACUACAAUCGCCCUCGGCAAGCAAAGGAGAGCAAGAGACUCAGAAAAAGACUCAAGACACGACCCUUCAGGAUGUUCCACUGAAUGAUAACGCAGAACCUGAAACCCAGAGAGAAGACAGUGUUGGGAAUGACGGCGGGCAGAAGAAAUGUCGCUGUUGCUCUGUCAUGUAAAACAUAACUAAUGGAAGAUGAUGCAUUUUUAGACACGUAUUUCCCUUGAGCUCAGUCUUCAUCAAAGUUAGAUGUAUCUCUGCUUCCCCCUCCUACUGGGCAGAGCACAGAAUUUCUUUUUCAAGACUCAAGCAAAAAAAAUUUGGUCAUACAACAGCCAAAAGAAUUCGAUACUGUAUGUUUGGGGAUUGCUGUCUGUAUCAUUUUUCAUGUUCUUGCCUGGUUUAAGGUGUAAUUUGUCAAGUUUUAUGUUCUUGUUAGGUAUAAAAACUGUGACAUCUCUUGACUAGAUGCUUCAAGAAUGCAGUUGCCACAAAGAACAAAAGCAUGGUUGUGCCGCUAUGGAUACUUUGGUCUAAGUUUGCUCAUGUAGGAGGGAUUGCUGAAAAGAAUAAGGAGAUUUUAAUAUGUUGAAUUGACUUCAAAUCGGACUGCCUUAUUAGAUUAAAUUUAUUUCUUUUAUUGAGGCUAUUUAAUAACUUUAUAUAUUACAUUUCUUACGUUUGUUGUAUAACAAGAACACCUUGUGCCUACCUAACUCCUAACGUCUGUGCCUUUUUUUCAGUAAAUACAGAACGAAUAAAUAAUCUUGAUGUAAAGUUACACUGUGGUGCUAACAAAGGCGUGUUUUGAACCCUCUUAAACCUACGCAUACAAAAAGGUUUAACCGUGUACUAAUCUUUUAUGUUAAAUACAGCUAACCAGCAGGACAAAUAAAAUCAUCUGAUAGUGAUUCUCUA